UCGCCCAUUUACUUUUACUUUAUCUCACUAUGUUUUAUCUUUUAAAUUUUCAUUGUGUUAUUAUCGCUCGUUCUUUGUUGACGUAUUUUGAAACGUAUACAAAAAUUUAUAUUUGGUAAAGUGGUGGAAAGAACAGUGAAUGAUGAAAAGCUGUAUUUGUGUGUGAAUAAGUGAAAACGCGUCACUAGCUUACCGGACGAAUGGAGAUUCAGCUUGUGCUAGAAAAAUAUUAAAGAAAAAACGUCAUACCAUACGACGCGUGAACUUCCUAAAGAUAGCUUAAUUCAAGUACUAAUUUCUCGGUUUCCAGCAGCAGGUGGGCGUUAGGUGCAUGCAUUGCGUUUAAGCUGAUUUGAAACGCUGGUAAAAUGGUUUUCUGCUGUGAUUGCUUCAAUGGUGGCUACCAACCAAUUGAUGCGGCGAGACAAGGCCCACGUUUUGGUGUACGUCAUCUUCAAUGCUUCCUUGCCUUUUGCGGUCUGGCCGUGGCUUAUGCUCUGCGUGUAAACCUUUCGGUGGCUAUUGUGGCCAUGACAGAUAGGAAUUCUACAAACCCUGCCUUUGAGGAAUUCGAUUGGGAUGAAAGCAUUAAAUCGUAUCUGCUCAGCAGCUUCUUUUGGGGCUAUGUGGUGACACAAGUACCCGGCGGCUACCUCGCUCAUCACUAUGGUGCAAAAUAUACGUUCCUCUUUGGUGUCCUAAUUUGCUCAUGUCUCGCUAUUUUAACACCAUUUUGUGCCCACGUAGGCGACUGGCCUUUGGUGUUAGCAUUGCGCGCCGCUCAGGGUUUAUCGCAGGGUAUGAUCUUCCCAUCGACUCACACAUUCCUCUCGAAAUGGGCACCAGCCGAGGAGCGCGGUCGCCUCGUCAGCUAUUGCUAUUCAGGCUCACAAUUCGGUACGGUGGUAAUGCUUUUCGUCAGUGGUUACAUAGCCUCUUCUUGGCUUGGUUGGCCCAGCAUAUUUUAUUUGUCCGGUAUCGUUGGCAUUUUAUGGUCAUUCGUUUGGUACUACUGUAGCUCGAGCACACCGGCUGAACACCCAUCGAUUAGCGUAGCAGAGCUGCGUUAUAUUGAAUCGUCUGGACAAGUACGUAGACCCUCGGAUGCUGGCCGCACUACCGGUGGCGCACAAACGCAAGCACACAAAGUACCCUGGGCGGCUAUAUUCACUUCACCACCAUUCCUCACAUUAAUUUUCGUGCAUUCAUCAAAUAAUUGGGGUUUCUGGACUUUACUCACCGAAAUACCGACUUAUAUGAAGAAUAUACUUGGUGUGGAUAUACGUAGCAAUGGACCGCUAUCGGCGCUGCCAUACUUUGCAAUGUGCCUAUUGUCGUAUGGUUUUAUCUUCUUGGCAGAUAUACUAAAUGCGCACUUUACAAUGCCUCUAUGGGUAUCACGUAAACUCUUCAACACCAUCGGCCAGUGGGUGCCAAUGGCGGCGUUGAUGGGCUUGGGCUACAUCAAUGCGGGUGGUAGCUUUAAAUUGGCUGUAACACUGCUAACCAUUGCAGUCGGUGCGAAUGCGGCCGCCUAUUUGGGUUCGCAGGUAAAUCACAUAGACCUGGCGCCAAAUUUUGCCGGUACAAUGAUGGGCAUUACGAAUUGUGUGGCGAAUGUGAUGAGCAUAAUAGCACCGCUCACAGUUGGAUUGAUUGUAACGGAUGAGAAAAAUCCCGCACAAUGGCGUAUUGUGUUCUAUGUGAGCGCAUUCUUCUACUUUGCUGGCAAUCUGCUCUUCCUUAUCUUUGGACGUACGAGCCCACAGAAGUGGAAUUUUCCAGAAACACGCACAAACAACGUUGAGAGCGCAGAUAAUAGAACCGACGAUACACAAGAUCUAACCGACGACGAAAAUGCGCCGCUAAAUCGUAACGCUGCACCAUAAGGCUAUGAAUUCAAGGGCAUUAUUUUAUUUUUGUGAUUUGCACAAAUAUGUUUCUGGCUAUGCAUUUCAGAAUGUUGUGAUACAAGUUGGUUUUUCUUUUAAUUAUUGUAGGUAAAUUACUACAUACUUCAAAAUCUAUAUUGUAUAUGUAAAUACAUUCAUGAGAGUUUGUAAACUGCUAUCUGCGACCAACAUGACACCGUUUCCACGACAGUCGGUACUACGUUACCGAAACGAUCGGGAUUUAUGUCCGGCCAAGAACUGUCACUCCAGCAGCAGUCCCCGUAUGUAAAUAUGGGGAAUGUUUAUGCUGCUACAACAACAAAAACAAACAUGACAUACAAUUACGAUAAAAAAAAACAAUUUAAACAUCUUAGGUGCAUAUAUACGAGACAAAAAUAUACAUACACAAAUUUUUUAAAUUUAAUUACAAUUAUAUUGUAUAGAAAUAUUUUCAUUUAAUUUUAAGCUCGAAAUGUAAUUAAGCGUAUAAAUGUAAAUUAUACAUGACAAAAAAAUCGCUGCAAGUUAUUGAUAAAGGAAUACCAAUACAAUUUUUUCGAAGUCUGGCAAACAUUUUCUUUUGAACUAACUAAUUUAUUGAAAAUUGACACGGGUCGACACAAAUUUUAAGUCAAGAACCAGAUUACACUUUUUCGAAUGUUUUUGACGUUUCCUGUGUUGUUUUUUUUUUUAGCCUUUGAUUUAUUAUCCACGAUAAUUGAGUAGCAUUAGAUUAAGAGAAUAAUCUCCUAAAUUUCGAAUAUUUUAUAUCUCACAGAUAAAAAAAGAUUUUAACGCAACAAAAAGGAUUUGUACCUUAAAAUACUGGGCUGGCUCGGCGUAAUUUUGCAAUCCUGUUGCGAAGCUGUUACUUUCUGAUGUUCGGCACUUUGCAGUUAAGUUGUCUAUAAAUACUUUCAUUGAUAAUUUCGAUAUUCAAUGUAAUUUACUAUUGAGUAACACCAAAAAAAGAAUAAAGUAAUUGUGCAAAUAAAAUUUUUAUUACGCCGAUUUAAAAGUAGCGCACAACAAUAACCUAAUUUUGACAGUUAGAACACUAUUCUUUUGCCGAAGCUGCCAGAAGUUCACAUUGAACGUGAUACUGUAAAUAAUUGGCAACGCCACGGUUGUGAAUAAGCCCAGAUUUGCAACUUUUAAAAAAUAAAUACAUUUCAUUGAUUUCUCGAAAUUUCAUUUUAAGGUCACAUUCAGAUGUAGCAGUUCAAAAUUUUGUGUAAAAGCGUAGUUUAUUUAGUGCUCGGUUCAGAAGGUCAGUCAUAUUUUGUCGUCCUGUGAAAUCCAUAAAACACAUUUUGGAGUUAUGAGUGUCUUUAAAUAAAUGAGGGAGACUAAAACCAAUAUUUCAAAUUAUAUAUGUACAUAUGUAUACAUAAUUAUUUGUAUCUGAAGUAUUGUCUUCAUUCCUUUUUAAUAUAGAUAAUUUCAACUCGAUUUAUUAUUUGUAUAAAUAUUUAUGUAAAAACGUAAAUAAAUAAGUAUAAAGAACUAAAUAUUAUUUUAUGUCAAUGUAAUAAAGUGU